AUGUCCCUCCCACCCAACGUCCACAUCUCCACCCACCCCUGCCUCCUGGCCAAGCUCUCCCAGCUCCGCUCCCAGAGCACCACCCCGCGCGAGACAAGGGCGCUGGUUGAGGAGAUUGCUUCCAUCCUGGGCGUGGAGGCCUUUGCCAAGGGGCUGACAUUGACAAAGACGGGCACUGACCACACCCCGCUCGGCGCCCAGUAUGAAACCUCCACCAUCGAACCGGCAGAUUUGGCUCUCGUGCCGAUUCUGCGGUCGGGAUUGGGUAUGAUUGAUGCUAUAAAUGCCCUCCUCCCCACCGCAGUCCCAAUCUACCACCUCGGCCUCUUCCGCGAACCCGUCGGCCUCCAGCCAGUCGAAUACUACAACAACCUUCCCUUCCACAAAUCCGCACUCUCGCCCUCCAGCCCAGCCUCCACAAAUCCCACCGCCAACACCGCAGCCGCCACCCUCGCCGUCCUGCUAGACCCCAUCAUCGCGACGGGCGCCACCGCCGACGCCGCGAUCCAGACGCUUCGCGAUUGGGGCGUGCAGAGGGUGAUCAUGCUUAGUGUAUUGGGGAGUGUGGAGGGGGUGAGGCGGGUGGCGGCGAGUUGGGAGGGGGUGCAGGUUUGGGUUGGGGCGGUGGAUGAGAAGGUUAAUGAUAAGGGGAUGAUUGUGCCUGGGGUUGGGGAUAUUGGGGAUCGGUUGUUUGUGGCGCUUGGGAAGUAG